UCAAUUAAGUAACUUUCAUUUUAAAGAUGGUAUUCUCAAAAGCACUGUACUUUGUGCUCCUUUUAUACACAGUAAAUUCGGGCGAAAGUCGAAGCCUGAAAAGUGAUUUCAGUCUUGAGAGGAGAACUAGAGUUGUUUCCUACAGCACCGAAGUCGACAAUUUUUUCAAGAAAUUGUUCCCAACUGAUCCUUCGUGUUUAAACUUAGCAAAGAAAAAAAAUACUCGAUUUAGUACGUAUAACCAGGAUAUUCAAAAAGCUGUCCAGUUGGUCAAUAUAUACACCCAAGAUUGCAAGGCAUACGUGGGCAGUACCGGAAAACCUUUAUACGACACUUUAAACACAAACCUUAGAAGUGGAAGGCCUUCUCCCAUUUGGAGUGAAAUGGCUGCAUUACUGAGCAAAGGUCUUGUUCUUCUUGGGCCUAAAGAUUUCAAAAGCCUUUACCGUGGUUGUCAUUGUGCAGCUGUUACGCUGGGUAAACCGUUCUCGUUCAAUCAAUUUGCCAGCACAACAACCAAACCAGGUGUCGCUGUCCAGUUCCUUUUAGCACCAAAAGGAAAAUCGUUCAUUCAUAUAAAAAACGCAAGAGGGACGGAUAUACAGCCAUAUUCGCAUUUUCCAGGUGAACAGGAAAUUUUGUUGGACCCCAAUAUAAACCUGAAUGUGGUGCAAGUCGAAACCGACAUUAAACGAAUACGCGCAGAAAUUAAGAAAAUAUUACCAACCGCUGUCAUACCAGACAACACCGUCGCAAAGUAUGUUGUUCUUGAUGGCUCAAGAGCAACAAAAAGAACGAAAGAUGGAUUUUGGAGCACAUGUACCUGUGGGAAUCUUAACAAGUUUUAAAACACGUAUACAUUUUCCAAGUUAUAAUAACAAUGAAUACGUCAUGAUAUAACAAUGUAAAAGAAAUUAUUUAUAUAUUGGUUCAUUGUACAUUGGGUAAUUAGGAUAUUUGGUAAUUAGAGAUUUAGAGUAAUUGGAAUAGCUAAUUAGUCCAUCGAAGACAUUCAAUCGGACAGAGAGACAUUCUGUGCAUGCCAUGAGACCAGCAUUUAGGUACAGGUAAAUCGAGAAGCUGAGCAGUUGUGUAGUGAGAGUUGAUAGAGAUACAGGGCGUGUAAGAAAAUCAACAUUUGUUAAGUGAAUUGUGUAUGGUGUUACAAUAUUCUAAAUAUUCUAUGACGUGUCGUGUCAUGGUUUACAAAAAAUAACAAAAUGAUAUGUCAUAUAGUAAAAAUGUGAAAGAAAUGGAUUAUAUUGUAUAGUAUUCAAAUAAUUAGUAUAUAUCGGUUCCAAAUCUUGCUAUAUUACGGGUAACCUCAGUCAUAUAGUUACAGUUUAUAAUGUUAUUCUAAAAAUUGGUAUUCCAAUUCUUUUAAAUAUUAGUAUUUCAAGUAUAGGACAGUUUUCAGAGUCCAAUGACACUUUCCCUAAACAUGUUUUCUAAAACAUGUUUUCUACUGAUUCAGGUAGUGUCACUAGCAGAGUCCAUAG